GGAAAAUACGGACAGUGAUUCUACGCAUCUUCUCGUCCCUGAGGUGGACCCUGAAACCCAUCCUGGACCUGGCAAUAUCCAGUUUGACCCAUCAGAUCUAAGAUCCAAAAGCGUCAGGGACUACAAGAACUAGUGGAGGCAGUGGAAUGCUCGGGGCGCUCGGGAACCUCUGCAUUCUGUGCUAAAUAAUGGAGCACUGUGACGGCAGGACGUGGCCAGUGCGUCCUUCCCACCGCAGUGCGCCGGCAGGACCUGGACAGUUCUCCGAGAACUUGCUUAACCGUGGAGACUGCAUGGAAAUACACGUUCUGUAAUGAAACUUGUCAAGAGGAGAGGGACUCGGCCCUUCACAGCCGUGAGAUAGCGCCCUAGACAGAGAAGAAAGGAGAGAGAGAGAGAAACAUCGGUCGGCUGCCUCCUGCAUAUCCCCUACUAGGGAUCGAUCCUGAAACUCGGACAUGUACUCGGAACAGGAAUCGAACCAGGGAUCUCUCAGUUCAUGGGACGACGCUGAAUCCACUGGGCCUUUCUACAUAGAGCCCACAAACAUCGUCAGUAUAGAUGACGUCCUUCAGAGGGUCAGCGACCACGCCUCCGCCAUGAACAAGAGGAUUCACUACUACAGCCGGCUCACCGCUCCUGCGGACAACGCCCUGGUCGCCCCCGACCACGUGGUCCCGGGUCCAGAGGAGUGCUAUGUGUACAGUCCGCUGGGCUCGGCCUACACACUGCAGAGCUGCUCACAGGGGCCUGGGAAGAACACCAGCCUGGUGACCAUCUUUAUGAUUUGGAACACCAUCAUGGGAACCUCCAUACUGAGCAUCCCUUGGGGCAUAAAGCAGGCUGGAUUUACUACGGGAAUAUGUGUCAUCGUGCUGAUGGGCCUUCUAACACUGUAUUGCUGCUACAGAGUAGUGAAGUCACGAACUAUGAUAUCUUCCGUGGACACCACGACCUGGGAGUACCCCGACGUCUGCCGACACUACUUCGGCUCCUUCGGGCAGUGGUCCAGCCUCCUGUUCUCCUUGGUGUCUCUCGUGGGAGCAAUGAUAGUUUACUGGGUGCUCAUGUCCAAUUUUCUUUUUAACACUGGAAAGUUUAUUUUCAAUUUCGUCCAUCACGUCAAUGACACAGAUGCCGCACUGAGCACCAAUGACAGCAACCCCGUGACCUGUCCCAGUGCAGGGAGCGGCCAUCCUGACAACGGCUCCGCGACCUACGGCAGCGGCCCAGACCUGCAGCAGUUUGAGAAGUGGUGGGACAAGUCCAGGACCGUGCCCUUCUACCUCAUAGGGCUCCUCCUGCCGCUGCUCAGUUUCAAGUCGCCGUCCUUCUUUUCCAAGUUCAACAUCCUCGGCACAGUGUCCAUCGUCUUCUUGACCUUCCUCGUCACCGUGAAGGCUGUUCACUUGGGAUUUCAUUUGGAAUUUCAUUGGCUUACACCCACAGAGUUUUUUGUACCAGAGAUCAGAUCUAAGUUCCCACAGCUGACUGGAGUGCUCACCCUUGCUUUCUUCAUUCACAAUUGUAUCAUCACACUCCUGAAGAACAACAAGAACCAAGGGAACAAUAUGAGGGACUUGUCCAUCGCCUACAUGCUGGUGACGCUGACCUAUCUCUAUAUCGGGAUCCUGGUCUUCGCUUCGUUUCCUUCCCCGCCGCUAUCCAAAGACUGUAUAGAACAGAACUUUUUAGACAACUUCCCCAACAGUGACAUCCUGUCCUUUGUCGCUCGGAUAUUCCUGCUGUUCCAAAUGGUGACCGUGUACCCCCUCCUGGGCUACCUGGCCCGUGUGCAGCUACUGGGCCAGGUCUUCGGCGACGCUUACCCCAGCAUCUUCCACGUCACGAUUCUGAAUCUAGUCAUUGUGGGGGCCGGCGUGAGCAUGGCCUGCUUGUACCCGAACAUAGGAGGCAUCAUAAGGUACUCGGGAGCAGCCUGCGGCCUGGCCUUCGUGUUCUUCUAUCCGUCUCUCAUCUACAUCAUCUCCCUCCGCCAGGAAGACCGUCUGACGUGGCCCAAACUGAUCUUCCACGUGUUCAUCAUCGUCCUGGGCCUGGCUAACCUGAUCACUCAGUUUUUUAUGUGAAAUGCCCUGCUGUCGCGUCAGGGUCGUCGUGGUGUCGCACAUGAACUCACCUGUCCGCGCAGCUGCUGCCGUGACCCUCAGCGUGGUCCCGGGCGCAGUGGAGAACGAGGGGAAGCAUGACGCGUCCCCGAGCGACCCCGAUGACCGCGGGGAAGAGGACAAGAACAGCCUCUGUCAGCUCUGCCUCUUCACACUCUGUCCCCUCUUCACCUCGUCGUCUGUCCUGUGCAGUGUCCGCCCCCAGGAAAGGUCACGCUGUGUUUUCAGAUGGGCGGUGGGUUGGUGUGUUUUUUACGAC